GCCGUCCCCGCGCUGCUCGGGGGGCGCAGGGCGCCGUGCCGACGCCCCGGACCCCCCAGGCCCUUGAUGCUGGCUGCUUGUGGUGCCUGGGGUCGUCUGGCCCCGAGGAGGUGUUGCUGAUCAUCGCCAGCCCGCUGGAGGCAGGUGUGGAACUUACCUGGUGGGUUUUGGGGUUUCCUGAAGCUCCUCUGCUGUUGCAAGGAGCAGCCCCUUCAAUGACCGGCCAAUGUGCAGGAUCUGCCACGAGGGCAGCAGCCAGGAAGACCUGCUCUCCCCCUGUGAGUGCACAGGGACCCUGGGGACUAUCCACCGCAGCUGCCUGGAGCACUGGCUGUCGUCCUCCAACACCAGCUACUGUGAGCUCUGCCACUUCAGGUUUGCAGUGGAGCGCAAACCCAGGCCACUGGUAGAGUGGCUGAGGAACCCAGGCCCCCAGCAUGAGAAACGGACUCUCUUUGGAGACAUGGUGUGCUUCUUGUUCAUAACGCCGCUGGCGACCAUCUCUGGCUGGCUGUGUCUACGAGGAGCUGUGGACCACCUGCACUUUAGUAGUAGGCUAGAAGCUGUUGGCCUCAUUGCACUCACUGUCGCACUCUUCACUAUUUACCUCUUUUGGACCCUAGUAUCAUUUAGAUAUCAUUGCAGAUUGUACAACGAAUGGCGUCGGACCAAUCAGCGGGUGAUACUCCUAAUCCCAAAGUCUGCCAAUGUUCCCUCCAACCAGCAGUCCCUGCUGGGCCUGCCAUCAGUCAAAAGGAACUCAAAGGAGACAAUCGUCUGAUCUGGGGAUUUCUGCACUGGGUCCGUGCACUAAAAAUAUUUUCCUCAAACUCAUUGGGCUCAGACACCGUCCAGAACCCCCUAGUGCUGUUCUGACUUACAAACUCUUCACAGACGAAGAAAUCACUGUCUGAAUUCAAAUCAUGGAUGCUGCAAUCAUAUGAUAUUUGCUAAUCUGCCAAACAUGUUUAUUUAGCAGAUACUAUAUGGAAGCUCGUGUUAAUACUUGCAUCAACAAGUGAUGCAAACUUUUCUAUUGUUUAAAAAUAUUAAACUAUGAUAAUUAACAAUGCAA